UCGAGUUAUACCGCAUCCCUAUCAUCCAGCGUCAUCGACUACCCGGAAGAGUAUGGCCGUCGUUACCAUGCAUUCAGGCCGGGCUCGUACUCGUUUCCAAACGACGAGGUCGAGAUGGAGCGUCUCGACAUGGCCCACGCCAUGAUGGUGAGGGCGAUUGGAAGCAAGCUCUGGCUGGCGCCGCUGGCCAAGGACAAGGUCCAUCGCAUCUUGGAUAUUGGCACAGGCACUGGUAUCUGGGCUGUUGAGAUUGGUGACAUUUUCGAGAACGCCGAGGUAAUCGGCAACGAUUUGAGUGCGAUUCAACCGGAGUGGGUGCCCCCAAAUGUCAAAUUCGAGAUUGACGAUGUCGAGAGCGAGUGGGUUGGCGUCAAGAAGUACGACUUCAUCAUGUGCCGAUACAUGGCCGCCUCCAUCCAAGACUGGCCGAAGCUGAUUGCCAACAUUUACGACAACCUCAACCCAGGAGGCUGGGCCGAGUUCCAAGACAUGAGCACAGAAUACUACUCCGACGACGGAAGCUACACCCCCCAACACGCAACCUACGAAUGGAACCAGACCUUUGUCGAAACCCUCGACAAAAUCGGGCGCGACCCGCGUCCCGGACCGAAGCUCGAGGGGUGGGUGCGCGGGCACGGCGGGUUCGAGCACGUGGCGCACCACAAGUUCAAGACGCCUAUUGGACCCUGGGCGCGGCACCGGCACUUCAAGGACCAGGGGUUGCUGAAUCUGGCGCAGAUUCUUGAGGGACUGGAAGGGUUUUCGUUGAAGUUGUUGUGUGGUGUGCUGGGGAGGAGUAAGGAGGAGGUGUUGGUGCAGCUUGCGGAGGUGAGGAGGGAGUUGAAGACGGGGGCGUUUCAUGCGCUGUUGGAUUUGCAUGUGGUGUAUGGACAGAAGCCUGCUCUACCGGCUGCAAUGGAGGCGACUGAAUGA